AUGUGUGCGGGAUGCAGCAGCGGAGAAUUACUCCUGCAUUCUGUGGCAGAAGGCGGUGUGCAGCCGCUCGCUUCCUUAGGCGAGCAUGCAGGCGGUAUCUUAUGCGUCGCUUACCACGUUGCCUCAGGCCUCUUCUUCUCAGGAGCCAAGGACCGCAUGGCUCUAGGCUUCGAUCCUCGGCAGCCUCAUCGACCUGCUGUCGCUCUCACACACGGCGAUUGGAUUACGUCCUUGCACGCAGCGGCAAGCGCACCAAUCCUCCCCUACAUUAUCCGGACCGGAGACAAACGAGUCCGUACAUGGGAUAUACGGGCACCUCAAUGUCCUCUGCCGGAGCCGCAGCAUCGACAGCACUUCCACAAGCAGCUGAUAUCGGGUGUGCGGUAA